AUGAUAAUAUGCAAAUUUCCAUUAUCGUCACAUAUACCAUUAUGUCAUGCUCCAAUACCGGAUUUUUCAAGAUUAGUUGAUAGGCAAGUAGAAACUUACGAACAGAUAAUGGAUCAACAAUUAUCAUAUAAUGGUCCAUCAUCAUCGUUAGCACUAGAUAUUAAAAAAGCUGAAUUGGCUACAGCAGAUUUAAGAACUUUAAUUAAAUAUUCAUCAUUAGUUACGGCGUCCGAAUUAGCUAAUAGAUUAACAUUAUUUGUUGAUAAAGCAAGAAGCGUCGGUAGAGAUUUACAAAUACUUCAAGCUAGAACAAGAAGUUCUUUAGAUAAUUUAAUUACUUAUAAUAUAUUUGCUUUAAAAGCAUUAGAAGAUGUUAGAGAUAAAAAAAUUAGUGCAAAAGAAUUGGCCGGAGCUUAUAAUCAAAUGAUGUCUCUUAUUGAAAAUGAUUUAAAAAGGAUGAUUUUAGUUGGUCAAGAUGCUCUUGGAAGCUUAGCAGAUUUAGAUGAAAUGUUGAUUGCAAUACAUGAUUUAGCAACACAUGAGUCAGCAUAUCAGAACAAAGAACUUAAUAAAUUGUUGGCCGAACUAUGGACAAUUUUUGGGGGCAAUAGAGUAAGAAAACAAUUAUUCGAAGAAAAUUUAGAAUUAUUAAAGAAUUUAGAUAAACAUCGCCGUACGGCAGUAUCACAAAUACAAACUACUUUAUACAGUCUAACUUCUUUUCAAUUGGAUAUGGAAGAAUUACGUGAACAAGUUUCUAGGCCAAGUAUAAUUGAAAUGCCAGUUGAAGUUCAUAUUGAAAGCAUUGGUAAAGGUAUUGAAAGGUUAAGAAACAGUAAAGUUGCACUAAAAAGUGGGGGUGAUACUAAAAUAUCCAAGUUAAUUGAUUCAUCUAAUGAAAAUAAUGACAAUAACGUUGCUAAAGAAAUGACUAUUUGA